AUGGAAUCUUUAAAUGUUCUUGCAAGACACGUGAAUGAAUGUGAAGUACGUCGUGAAAAGUACACCCUUCCUGAUUUAGUCAACGCACAUGUGCAACAAAAUCAAUCUUACAUUUAUCCAGCACUGAGAGAACCACCGAUUUUUACUGAGCCGUUGGAAUGCACUUGGGCGUUUAUGCAGCAGGACGAAGUCGAGGUUUUGUUGAAGAUGAAAAAUUUCGGUUCAGUGAAAGCAGCUAUUGAAACGAAGUUGAGUCGUAAAUAUCCGAAGGCGUUACCGAAAAUAAUAGCCGUUGAACUUUUAUAUGGAGGUUUUAAAUUCGCCAAAACUUUAAAUUAUAAAGAAGAGCAAGUAGGCGCGUUGUUAUCAAUGCUUUACAUGACUCACCGAUAUUUUAACAGCUCCCACCGAACGACAGCCGAAGAUAUUUACUGGGUUUUCAAAGAACUUUUGUGCUAUCACAGCCUUGAUUUUGCGCCCAGUCAUAAAAAAGUAUUCGCACCCGAAGAAGCUCAAAUUGUUUUAGGUUAUUUUUGCAAAAUAUUUUUGCGCCAUUUGCCCAUUAUAAGAUUACUGGGUUUACCGAAUUUCGAAUUAGCGAUCAACACGUAUAUCCCGCCUUUUCCUGUUUUUAAAAAGAAGAAAGAAAAACUUCAAGAGGACGCGAAGAAAAGCAAUUUGAAAGAAAUGGCACAACAAAAGAAUAAAUAAACUCUGAAGAGACAUUGUAUAGUGUAAAGAGUAGUGGUAAAAGACUCACGAAAUAUAUUAAAAAUUUACUUAU